AUGGCUCGCAUUCUCUUCGUUUCUCUUAUCUCCAGAGACGACAAACCUCUCUACAUUCAGUCUUUCGACACCGACCUUGAAGUUGCAGACGAGACGAUCAAAGCACAAAAUGCAAACAAUUUCCUCAAAUACAAUUUCCUCUCGCACAUGGCGUUGGAUGUGUUCACAUCGCCCAUUUCACUUAGCUUGAAGGAACAACAACAGUCUGAUGGAGUACUUCUACUUUUCAUCCAGGACGACGUCUCAGUUUACGGUCUUGAGACAAAUAAUGGGUUGAAGAUCGUGGUGGGGAUGGGCGAGGAGGAACCGGCAAUGGCCAGUGUCAAGACACUUUUCUCCAACAUUCAUAAAAGGUACUUGAGGACGAUAUGUAACCCGUUUUCGAGCUUGGGUGGAGGAACUAACAAUGAUGAUCUCUUGCAAACGGCUAGUUUUGAUCAGGGAAUCUCCCAGAUUGUGAGUGAAUGGGCUCUGACGUGA